GAUGGACCAGUAGGAACGUCACCCAGCCGCCAAUGCGUUUCAUAAGAUGUCUGGCUGGAGCGCAUCCUCAAUUUAAAGCCAGCCAACAGUUUAAUAGAACAAAGCUAAAAACCCAGCAAUGUUGGCCCGAAAAGGCCUGCUGCCAGAGGGAUUUCUGUUGACCCGACUGGCUGAAGAUGCCACACAGCCCAGCCGCUUUCGCACCAAAUCACAGCGGGCUCGUUUCAUUACCAAAAGUGGAUCAUGCAACGUCGCUCAUAAGAAUAUAAGGGAACAGGGUCGGUUUCUCCAGGAUGUUUUCACCACCAUGGUGGACCUCAAGUGGCAGCAUUCGUUCCUCAUCUUCACUUCAGCAUUCCUCUGCUCUUGGAUGCUCUUUGCCAUGGUGUGGUGGCUCUUGGCCUUCGCCCAUGGCGACCUGGAACCGCGUGACCCCAACGAGCCUGGACCUGUCCCCUGUGUCACUGCUAUUCAUUCAUUCACCUCAGCAUUCCUCUUUUCCAUUGAGGUGCAGGUGACCAUUGGCUUUGGUGGAAGGAUGGUGACCGAGGAAUGCCCCCUGGCUAUUACAGUUCUAAUCAUCCAGAAUAUUCUGGGCCUCAUCAUCAAUGCUGUCAUGCUAGGCUGUGUCUUUAUGAAGACAGCUCAAGCUAAUCGUCGAGCAGAGACGCUCAUCUUCUCUCGCAAUGCUGUGAUUGCCCCACGCAAUGGCAGACCCACAUUCAUGUUCCGGGUUGGAGACCUGAGGAAGAGUAUGAUAAUCUCAGCUACCAUCCAGUUGCAGGUCAUUCGUAGGACAGUGACUGCAGAAGGGGAAGUGAUUCCAGUAUGCCAGCUGGACAUACAGGUUGAAAACCCACUCAGGAGUAAUGGCAUCUUCCUUGUCUCACCCCUCAUCAUCAGUCACACUAUCGAGAGAGGAAGCCCCCUUUAUGAGAUCUCCGCCCAGUCCCUGGCCACAGAAGAUUUGGAGAUCAUUGUUAUACUGGAAGGCGUUGUGGAGACCACAGGCAUCACUAUGCAGGCACGCACAUCUUACAUACCAGAGGAGAUCCUCUGGGGCCGGCGCUUUGUCUCCAUCAUGACUGAGGAGGACAGCCGCUACUCGGUGGACUACUCCAAGUUCGGCAACACGGUGCCUGUUCGAAUGCCUGCCCUCAGCGCCAAGGAGCUGGACCAGACCCGUGGGGUGCAGGACAGGGGCCCCCACGAGGGCAAGCCACAGGGUUGGGGCCUGGUGCGAGCAGGUCGUGGGGGCUACAGGAGGGGUGGGGCACAAGCUUGCGAGGACACCACCACUAGGCCUUGGUAUGCCCCCGCAGAGAAAGAUGAAGAUGAAAGGGGCAAAGAAAAGAAGGGGCAAAAGAAAAUGGUGAAACUAGAGGUGAUUGGAAGAGAGAUCGAGGAGGAGACCAUGGAGGAUAUGAGUGAUUAAACUAUAAAUGGUUGACAUAGGUUAUUGAUAUGGAGAUUAAAUAGUGUGACUACAUUCUGCGAAUGCUUUUAAUGGUGUUGAGAUGUUUCUUUUUAAAAUGAAGCAUUAUGUUGUAUUUUAUUUGGCAGUUUUUUAAAUUAUUUUUUUAAUGAAUGAAUGGUAAAGCUGUUUGCUAAUGAAUUGUACUUUUCCUCCCUUAUCUGCAUUACUGAAUUACUGGGCUAUUCUACUUUUUCCUCAGGACCUCAACAACCUAUUCUUGUAAAACCUGCAGAAACAUCCACAAGCACACACAGUCCAAACAAUAGAAAAAUAUUAAUAUAAGGCAGCUGUACAUGGUGUUUUAUUUCUACACCCCCAUAUUUUAAGAGAAUGUUAUCAUGUUUUUUUUUUUUAUCUUGUUGUUUUGUGCUUUAUUUUGUGGUCUUGUAUGUGCCAGUAUUUCAGUGCUCCAGUUUUAGGAAUCCUUGUUACUGUAACUGUUAUUGAUUUGUUUCCUUGUACUUUGUAUGUCUUUGUAACCUUAUCGUUAUGGUCUUGUGCAAAUAUGUUUUGUAAAUGAAGCACUGAAUUUGACUUUUUUUACUUGUUUAAAUUCCCUUUUUUCUUUGUGAUACCACUGAAGCUACUAUAUUGUGUGGACCUCCAUACAUUCUUCACCAGUAUGGUUGUAGGUUGAGGUAUGAAUCAAUUUAUUUGUGUAUUUAUAGUCUAAAUUAAAUACUUAAUAAAUGAUUUUUAUCUGAGCAUUCUCGUGAUUAACCUUUUUUGUUAACAAACAUUGUAAACCAUAAUAGCUGAUUUUGAUGUUCACAUUUUGUCCCCUAUGGUUUUUAAAUCUGUUUUUAGAUUUGGUUUUAGCAUUAGUUUAGAUUUGGAGUAUUUUUUUCCACAAACAGCUUUCAAGUAUUAAUGCAAGUUUAUAUAAAUUUACUUCAAAAGCUGAUGCUGAAACCAGAUGAUGAGACUUGUGGCAUUAUGUGCUCUAAUGAUGCUGAAGCUCUCUGCUAACAUUGCACAUUAUUAGAUUUGACCUCUUUCAUUAUUUGAUAGUGUUUAAUCAGACUUCAGUAUCCAUAUUUUUAGUUAGGGAGGAAAUUAUGUUCUCCCCAGCACUGCUGUAAGGAAAUAGAUUUUUUUGUUUCGAACGUAGAAUGUUUUUACAUAUUUAAAGAUUUUUUAGAAGAUAAUCACAUGAAAAAAACUUCAAUUACCUUGAAUGGUUAGGAGCAACCCAUAUGUAAGGCUGUGCACUUGAUGUUUAGUCAGCAAGACUUGUUUUUGCAGAUUGUAUCUUUUAAUGGAUAUAUUAAUCCCUAACAGUUCACCAUUCCCAAGUCAGUGAACUUUCAAACUUUGUUCAUUUUGAAUAGUUUGACCUUUAAACCACAACUCUUUGUGUGAGUGGCAUACACUACAUCUCACGUCAGUUUAUUCAAUAAUUAAUACUGAUUCUAAGAUUUAAACUUUUUAGUUGAAACAUAGUCACUUAAAAUAAUAUUUGAAUAUUGGAACUUUUUGACUGGUAUUACUUUGUCCAUUGCAGAGGUUCAUACUUUAUAUUUCAAAUGUUAUUUAAUUUUUAUAAUAAAAUUAGUAUUAUAACAGUAACUGUUAGAAUAGAUGUUACUCCUUUGGGAACAAAAAAGUAAUAGUCUCUUUAACUCACUGUGGAGCUAUCCAUGGUGCUGAAACGCCCUUUUGCUUUGUUAGGUAGUAUACACACACAGCAGGUGGAACUAGCUAGAAGUGUUUGGGACCUAGUUGUAGAGUCUGAAAGAAGAAACAGCUAAUAAACAUUUUUAAAUGUUCUUUUUGUAACUUUUUUUCCCCUCAGAAUACUUUGUAAUUAGAUAUAACCUUUAAACUUAAGUUUCAUGAAGAAUGUGAACACCACAUUAGUUUGUCUUAGUGAGUUUACUGAUAUAAAAACAAACUGAGACAAGAUCCAGGAUAACCUUUAGUUCCACAUUUACAUGAUAAUCAGCAACAAGCAAAGUGAAU